CUGCGACUCGGCGCUUUGAGCCGGAACCGCCGGUGAACUUGGCCGCCACCUUCCCGGUGACUGACCCCGGAGGAUGGUGAAAGCGAACUACUGCUGACCCCAUCUUCGCCGCUGCUUCUCGGGGGCUGUCAAGCGCGGGGCCCCAUCUCCUCCCGUUGACCGGCUGUGGGUGAACCUGCAGGCUCCUUACCCACCCCGAGGACUUUUUUUUUGGAAGGAAAAGAGGGAGGGAGGGAGAAGGAGACGGGGAGAAAACGAAGGGGAGCUCGUCCAUCCAUUGAAGCACAGUUCACUAUGAUCUUACUCACAUUCAGCACUGGAAGACGGUUGGAUUUCGUGCAUCAUUCGGGGGUGUUUUUCUUGCAAUCCUUGCUUUGGAUUUUAUGUGCUACAGUCUGCGGAACGGAGCAGUAUUUCAAUGUGGAGGUUUGGUUACAAAAGUACGGCUACCUUCCACCGACUGACCCCAGAAUGUCAGUGCUGCGCUCUGCAGAGACCAUGCAGUCCGCCCUAGCUGCCAUGCAGCAGUUCUAUGGCAUUAACAUGACAGGAAAAGUGGACAGAAACACAAUUGACUGGAUGAAGAAGCCCCGAUGUGGUGUACCUGACCAGACAAGAGGUAGCUCCAAAUUUCAUAUUCGUCGAAAACGAUAUGCAUUAACAGGACAGAAGUGGCAGCACAAGCACAUCACUUACAGUAUAAAGAACGUAACUCCAAAAGUAGGAGACCCUGAGACUCGUAAAGCUAUUCGCCGUGCCUUUGAUGUGUGGCAGAAUGUAACUCCUCUGACAUUUGAAGAAGUUCCCUACAGUGAAUUAGAAAAUGGCAAACGAGAUGUGGAUAUAACCAUUAUUUUUGCGUCUGGUUUCCAUGGGGACAGUUCUCCCUUUGAUGGAGAGGGAGGAUUUUUGGCACAUGCCUACUUCCCUGGACCAGGAAUUGGAGGUGAUACCCAUUUUGACUCAGAUGAGCCAUGGACACUAGGAAAUCCUAAUCAUGAUGGAAAUGACUUAUUUCUUGUAGCAGUUCAUGAACUGGGACAUGCUCUGGGAUUGGAGCAUUCCAAUGAUCCCACUGCCAUCAUGGCUCCAUUUUACCAGUACAUGGAAACAGACAACUUCAAACUACCUAAUGAUGAUUUGCAGGGCAUCCAGAAGAUAUAUGGUCCACCUGACAAGAUUCCUCCACCUACAAGACCUCUACCGACAGUGCCCCCACACCGCUCUAUUCCUCCGGCUGACCCAAGGAAAAAUGACAGGCCAAAACCUCCUCGGCCUCCCACCGGCAGACCCUCCUAUCCUGGAGCCAAACCCAACAUCUGUGAUGGGAACUUUAACACUCUAGCUAUUCUUCGCCGUGAGAUGUUUGUGUUCAAGGACCAGUGGUUUUGGCGAGUGAGAAACAACAGGGUGAUGGAUGGAUACCCAAUGCAAAUUACUUACUUCUGGAGGGGCUUGCCUCCUAGUAUCGAUGCAGUUUAUGAAAAUAGUGACGGGAAUUUUGUGUUCUUUAAAGGUAACAAAUAUUGGGUAUUCAAGGACACAACUCUUCAACCUGGUUACCCUCAUGACUUGAUAACCCUUGGAAGUGGAAUUCCCCCUCAUGGUAUUGAUUCAGCCAUUUGGUGGGAGGACGUUGGGAAAACCUAUUUCUUCAAGGGAGACAGAUAUUGGAGAUACAGUGAAGAAAUGAAAACGAUGGACCCUGGCUAUCCCAAGCCAAUCACAGUCUGGAAAGGAAUCCCUGAAUCUCCUCAGGGAGCAUUUGUACACAAAGAAAAUGGCUUUACAUAUUUCUACAAAGGAAAAGAGUAUUGGAAAUUCAACAACCAGAUACUCAAGGUAGAACCUGGAUAUCCAAGAUCCAUCCUCAAAGAUUUUAUGGGCUGUGAUGGACCAACAGACAGAGUUAAAGAAGGACACAGCCCACCAGAUGAUGUAGACAUUGUCAUCAAACUGGACAACACAGCCAGCACUGUGAAAGCCAUAGCUAUUGUCAUUCCCUGCAUCUUGGCCUUAUGCCUCCUUGUAUUGGUUUACACUGUGUUCCAGUUCAAGAGGAAAGGAACACCCCGCCACAUACUGUACUGUAAACGCUCUAUGCAAGAGUGGGUGUGAUGUAGGGUUUUUUCUUCUUUCUUUCUUUUCCAGGAGUUUGUGGUAACUUGAGAUUCAAGACAAGAGCUGUUAUGCUGUUUCCUAGCUAGGAGCAGGCUUGUGGCAGCCUGAUUCGGGGCUGACCUUUCAAACCCAGAGGGUUGCUGGUCCUGCACAUGAGUGGAAAUACACUCAUGGGGAAGCUUCCAUGAUGCACAGUAUCUGCUGUUCUUCAGUCCUUUGUCUUUCUUUGUCAUUCAGUUCUAGGCCUUUCCUCUGCACGCAAUGCCCAAUCAAAUUUCAGGAUUAACUAAAGAAGAGGAAAAAAAGAAGAAAAGAUUCUUCUUAAAAAUUUCUAAUAUUAUUUUUCCUUCUGAAGUCUGAGCCCAUUUCUGGGGGGACUAUAAAAAAGCAAAUCAAAAAAUCCACGAUUUUUUUUUUUUUUGCUUUAAAACAAAGGGAAAAAAAAGAGUUUAAACAAAAACCCCACAAUUGAACUUCCAGGAAAGUGUGAAGACCCAAAACAGCUUUGUCUCCAAAGAAGAUAGCUCUCUGACUGCUUUGGAUAGUCUCCUACGCACCAUUUUGUCAGGUGGGAGAUUUGGAAUACAUAUGCAGGACGUUAGACUGUUGGGACAGCCAUUUUCCAACAACCAAGGGGCCAAAAUAUCUGCAAUAUAGUAACAGCCUUAAUAAUACAUCCAUUUUUCGUUUUAUACAGCUGUUCUCAGCUAUGUCCUCAAUGUUUCAUCACAUUUAUAUUCAUAACUAUCUUCAAACACGACCUUUUAAUUGUUUUUGAAGUAUUUCUAAACCUCUUCUUUCCACCUUACCCCUCCAUCAUUGUGAUAAUCUUCCCAAAUUGUAUUAGGCCAUUGCCCCAGGCCUUCCAUGGGUCUGUCAGGAAUAUUCAUUACAAAGCAGAUCAAGAAGCAGUAUGUCGCUGAAGUGGAUUACUGUGACAGUUACUUUACAAGGAUUUGUGACACUAGUAAUAUACCUAUGUGACCCUUUGAGAACUAUCAGACCAGCUUUCAGAGUCUUAGGAUUGUUGGUCUUGUGAACUGAUAAAUUAUAGAACUGGGCAAUGGUAAAAACAGUCACAAGUUCAAGAAGUUCAGGUUUUUAAAACAGAUAUCCUGUAAUGUCAUGUGAUUUUUAAAUGAUUUACACAACUACAUAAAUGCAUUUAUAACAAACAGAAAUGAUGCUACUUGCCAAAUUUUUUCUGGCAAAUAAAAAAAAAGUAUUUUAUUAAGACUGUCAUAAGACUGAAAUUUUAUCUGAAAAACUGAACAGCCUAACUCUUUUUUUUUUUUUUUUUUUUUUUAGGCAUACUGAAUUUCUGUUUUAAAAUCCAUUGCAUGAAAAUUCAAUUUGCCUUGGUAUAUGCAGUUAGCAUUGCCAUUUUAAAAAUGAAUUAAAAUGAUGACUCUGAAGUUGCAUGAAUAUCUUCCAGUGCAUUACCUAUUGCAUGUCCACCAUAGUUCUCAAAGGGUUAGUGUGGCUUCUGGCAUUUAGCCAUCCAUUUGAUCACUGACAGAGCCAAGAGACCACCAAAGCAUUUCAUUGUUGAGUGUAAUUUGUCCUAACAGCAGUAUUGUCAUUUUCAUGUGACCUGCAGAGCAGGUUUGUAUCAAUAUUUUUUUCCUAGAGAAAAGUCAGCAACUGACAGACCUCUUUAUUGAUUUUUAGGAGCUGCUUCUUGCAGUGAAAGGCUUUACAGCCACUGGGCUGUGAACUUUAUUAGAGAUGGUCAGAAUGAAUGCACCCCAUGAGUCAGACAUUGGCUUUGUGUGAAAGCCAGCUUUGAGGGGAUUAGCUUUUGAAACAAUGAACAGCUUGCCUUGAACUUGAUUAUUGAUCUAUUGACUGUCAUUAACAACAACUUAAACAUUGUCUUCUGUGAAAAUUUUCCUUGAAGAGUCCUGUUCUUUGUCUUUGCCCUUUGACCUUUAACUUGCAAACUGGCACAAACUGAAGGAAAUCUGGUAUUGCUUCUCCAUUGGAUUAGUUGUUCUAUAAAACCUAGUAAGCAUGAGCUGUUUCCUUAGAGUGAAAAGAGUGUUGUUGGCAGAUCUGCAGAUGGACACUUUGCUCUUUACAUGCACACUCUGAAAAUGCCCUAUAGGUAGAAGUGAAUUUUAAUUUUAUUUUAAUAUAAUUUCAAGUCUAAAUUCAUCAUUUUAGUACAAAUUACAAAAACUAUAG